AUGUCUGGCGCGUACGGUGCCGUCGGAGACGACGUCGGUCCUCCGCCGCGGGGAGGUGGUGGUGGCGGGUACGAUAGAGGUGGCGGCAGAUACGGGAACCCGCAGGGCGGCAGAAGUCGCGGUUCGCUCCUCUGUUCCCUUUUCUUUUUUUUUUCAUUUGUUUUCUGGUUAAGCGCUCGAUGGGACGAUCUGGGGAUGGUCGCUGAGAUUCUUGUUUGCAGGGGGUGGCCGUGGGUAUGGUGGCGGUGGAUAUCAAGGCGGCGACAGAGGGAGUGGGGGUGGGUAUCAAGGCGGCGACAGAGGGAGCGGGGGUGGGUAUCAAGGCGGCGAUCGAGGUAGCGGCGCCGGAUAUCAAGGUGGCGAUCGAGGAUACCGCGGUGGUGGCGGCGGCGGGGGUCGCGGCGGCGGUCGCGCUGGGCGAGAAGGAGACUGGGUUUGCCCAGAUGCAAAGUAUGCCUUUUUCCCGUUUCGGGUUGUUCGUUUUCUUGACUCUGCUAGUGUAGCGAAAUAUUCAAAUUGUCAAAUGCAUCUUCUACGUGAACAGUUGUGGUAACGUGAAUUUUGCUAGAAGAACUGAGUGUAAUAAGUGUGGUGCUCCGAACCCUGGCAGUGGUGGAGGUGGCGGCGGUGGCUUUAACCGUGGAGGAGGAGGUGGUGGAGGUGGAGGGGGAGGGGGAGGUGGUGGCUAUACUAGCAGACCUGUUGGGGGAAGUGAUGGUUAUUCUAGUAGGGGCCGUGGUGAUUACGACGGUAGUGGGGGAUAUAGUAGGGGAGGUGGUAGUGGUGGUGGUUACGGAGGGAGUCAGGAAGACAGUGGAGAAAGAGGAAGCUCUUAUGGAAAUAGCCAAGGAAGAGACGAUAGCAGUUAUGGUCAAGUUCCUCCACCUGGUCCGGUUUCAUAUGGAGGCCCAGCUGGGAGCUACCCCCCUGCUCCGAAUGCCUAUGGUGGGAGCGCUAGCUAUGGUUCGGAGCCCGUACCGUCACAGCCUAGCUACGGUGGUCCCAGUCCAUAUCCUCCGACAUAUGGUGCACCGCCUCCAAACGUUUAUGCUGGUGACGGUUCUGGAAGUCGAGGAGGCGCUCCAGCUUCUGGAUACAAUGGUGGAUUUGCUUCUAGGCCAGCUCCCAGACCAGAUGCUGGUGGGGGCGGCCCACCGUAUGGCGGUGGUAGGGGUGGUGGCAGUGGUGGAUAUGGUUCUGCUCCCGUUGAGUCCUCAACAAAGAUCAAGCAGUGUGAUGAGAACUGCGAUGAAACUUGCGACAAUUCACGAAUUUAUAUUUCAAAUUUGCCACCAGAUGUCACCACUGAGGAGCUAAGGGAUCUUUUUGGAGGCAUUGGACAGGUAAAAUUUCUUAUCUUCCUUACUGUCUGUUUGUUUGAUGAGGUUUCUAUUUCUUACCAUGCUUUCUAUCUACCAGCCUUAGAGUCAUCAUUGUCUUUCUCAUCUGAUCUAAUGAUUCUCGAAGACAUGAGCCACUACACUAUUGGGUGCUAUCGUAUACCAUAUUUAUGUUCGACAUUUUACACCAUUAACUGCUGCUUCAACUUCUUUCAUGCUUGUCUUCAAGUCCCAUUCUGUCUUCCUAAUUUCUUUCUUUGCCCCAUUCGAAAUUUGUAAAUUGUAUCGUAAUAAAAUAUCUUCUUGUUUUGUUUCGCACUUUUUAAAACUAUGCCAAAUGAUUUUACGUACUGUACCUGUUUUUGAUGCUGCUACUCCAGGGAUUCCUUUCCGAGUCAGAAAAGAUAUUUCUCUUUUCUAAGCUUUUUGAUGCUUCCACUAUUUUUUUUUAUUUCUGUUACGUCCCUCUUUUUCAUAAAAUUUAAAUUACAUUUAGCUUAUUCUUCAUUCUGUCUACAAUAGGUCCUUUUAAAAGUUGUUAGUUUUCUUCCUAUGAAUAUUUCUCAAAUGUUUUGUGGCAUAUUUCUUGAAUGUGUUUCCUCAAUCGUAUGUUAUUCUAGACUUUUUCACUGCAGAAAAUUACACAACUCCUGUUGCCAAUGAACUGAAGGCAUCACAAACUCCUAUCAAGCGUAUUCUUUUCGAGUUUCAUGUCAUCUGCAUUUUUCCUUGGGUGCUUUUCCGCUGGUCUGAUUGAUUUGAUUGACCCUUUAUUUGGAGCCUUUGUUUGAACAUUAAAGGAAUACACAUUCAAGUUUCAUUUGUUUGCUCUCUGGAUGAAUACUAUUUCAUUGAUUUGCUCUAUCAUUCUCUAAUAUUUUUAUGUGUUUUCUUUACAUUAUUUCUAGGUUGGAAGGAUCAAGCAGAAACGUGGUUACAAGGAUCAGUGGCCAUGGAAUAUAAAGAUAUACACUGACGAUGAUGGUAAGAAUAAAGGAGAUGCAUGUCUGUCCUAUGAGGAUCCAUCUGCUGCACACUCUGCUGGAGGGUUUUUUAACAGUAAGUAGAUAGCAAAGCUUGUCAUGUAGGGUAGGUGGAACCACCAAGCAUUGCCUAACUUAAGAUAUAUUUCCUUUAUUAGAUUAUGACAUGAGGGGCUAUCAAAUUGGUGUCGCAAUGGCCGAAAAAUCAGCACCUAGAGCUCCUGCUUAUGGUCAUGGGUAAAAACUCUAAAGCAUCAAACACGCAUUCAAUUCUUGGUCUUAUCCUUCGCUGUGUAUUCAUGAUUUCUGAGAAAAAUGCCCUUGAUGACAUUACUGUUUCUUGAUGCGUGUGAAAAGUCUGAGUAUUCGUUCAUUAACACGAUUCAUGUGCGAGGCUAUGUAUAUUGUAAUCUUUUAGUUUGACAAAGUUAAGAUAGGCGGUAAUCAUUGAAGGGUUUGUUUCGGAUUUCAGAAAAUGUUACAAUAGAUCCAUAUUGGCAAUGUUAUGAAAACGUGGAAUUUAACUCCAUGCAGUAAAGGCUUCAUAAUUAAUGCUUUAAGUUUUGCAUCAUGGUUCUGGUUUUCCAUUUGUUUAGAUAUUUUUAUGCACGAGUGGCAUGGUUCUGUGUUUGGGCAUCGUUGACUCAUCUCUUAGAGGUUUUUCUCAUCUUCUCGUUCAUUUUUCUUGGCUCCCAUCAAUUUUGAAUUCAUUUCGAUCACAUGGCAUGUCACUGAGAUCAUGUGACAGUUCGCGUAGGAGCUAACUGCUCUUACGCAAGAUUGUGAUGUAAAUGAUACCUUUAAAGUUUAUGUGGAGUACUGACUUUUUUGGAUGUGGUGCAAUUCAUGCUUCGUUCCUUUUCGUUUCUUAUUGUUAUGGUCAUGUGCUAGUUUUGAUUUGGAUCUGGACAGAAAACAAUUAUAUUUUUGAUGGAUGCAUGAAAAGUUGUCAUCAUGAACAUUUUUAUUAGAUUGUGUAGUCUUUGAUUGCACAAAGUUCCAGAAGCUGCACGUGUAACAAAAUGUCAGUAUUAUUUCUUGCCAUAUUAAAGCCCCUAGUGUGUGGCUCCAGUUAGAUGCGUGCUCCUGCAGGGUUUUACGAGGUUCUUUGUGCUUCCUCUGUCACUAGUCGUGUUCAGAUUCCAACGACAAGUCCCUCUCAAAAGAAACAUAUAUGGUGUAGAAAAUGUUUGAUCUUGUUAAUGGUUGGUACCGUGGAGAGACACAAUGGUUUAUUUCAUAGUUAUAAAUGGGCCUGUCUCACGUUUGAUUUGUAGCGUCAGAUGGAUUCAACUGGAACUUCUGUUUCUGGACCCGGAUUUGUGUCUGAAGAGUUUUCUCCUCAUGAGAUUCGUCUGUGGCCAGGAAUUGGUUCAUUAUUAUUGUGAGCUGAUUGUUUAGAUGACAACCAAAGAGAAGAAAAAUAAAGUUUGCAGUAUAGGUUCGUGGACUUGGAUAGAGUUACUGUCCUCAUAGUCCAAGUAAAAUAGUUGUAAAUGUAUUUCUAUUAUGUACAUAAUAUGUUUAGUUAUUAUGUACGUGUAUCUUUGGAGAUGCUGGGCAAUUAUGAAAUAUAAUGUCUUUCCUGAAUUAUAAUUCCACGUCUGAUGCUAGUUUCUGCCAGCUAGUUGUAGCCAAAUAUUGAUUUAAGGUCGCUGACGCCUCUGAUGGCAAAAUGGUCAGCGGCCCCUUGCUGCUUUUGAUAUUGGUGAGAGUGAAGCCAUCCAAUUAGAGAGCAUUGAUCUUGGGGAGAUGUUAGAUGAUAUCGAUCUCGCAUUGUUAGCUCUUAUAUUAUUCUCAGGUCUAUUAUCUACUGUCAAAUGUAGAACAAAACCCUAGGUCCACUCUCCACUCGGGGAUGCCCACUUUCUCACAGUCCGUUCCUCUUAGAAUGUGUCCAAUCCGAGGCACUACCCAGCUAGUCACUCUUCUCUUUUUCCACUUCAGGGGGCGCAUGGCGCAUAUGUUAUGAGGGGGACCUCCUUCUACUCCACAGAAUCCAUGAUUUACCAAAACGCUCAGUUGAGGCGGAUUGAGGAUUAAACUUUCACAGAGGAAUCUCUUAAAAUGAAUGACUUUGCCUGUUGUACGAGAUGGGCCUGGUUCCUAGCAUUCCGCCGUCCUAGGUGCACCCAGCUCACUGCCAACCUCAUAUGUAUAGAGGAUAAUACUUUUUCCAGAAAGAGCUGGACAUGCAACAGAAGAAUCCUAGCAAAGCAUACCCAAACGGAAGCUAAGUUCCCCAUGACGACCAUUUAGCUAUAUUGUGCAUUUGGGUCACAAUUCCUAUUUUGGGUCUAUAUAUUGUGCAUUUGGGCAUGGAUAAAAUUGAUUUUUAAGUUGAUAUGCAUUGCCCUUAUUUCGGCUAUUUCCGGGAUAUGUUCUGAAGCAUACGUGUUGGGGUCCCUUUACCUGCCUGAUUGUACAUCUUUGCAUGGAUGUUGUACUCCCGGUGCUACUUCCUCAGUAGAUGUUGCUGCGGCGGCUAGAUUUAUUUUGGAUGCUCGAUUUCGAAGUCCUAAUCGUGCUCUGAGAUCAAAUCCGGAUGAUAUUUCAAAUACAAACCGUGCAUUUGAAGAUCAAUGAUUUGCUGAAACUAGAUUGGAAUCCAUCGGAGACUGCAUAAUCUUUCGUUCCAUGUCUCUGAAAUAGAUUAAUAAGAAAUGGCCUGAAAAGAUAUUAUACAACUAUUAUAAUUUAUUUUCGUCAGUUUUCCCUUGUAUUUUUUUAAAUCACGGGUGAAGGUGUGUAUUUUUUUAAUAAGCUUGCAAAAGUUGAGAGUAAAAAAAAGAAGAAAUUGAAGACUGUUCUUGAUUAUUUUCGUCAUCCCCCCCCUUUCUCACACUUUGUAUGCUGUAAAUCUAGCAUAAGAUGAUCGGAUUACUCGAACCCUUUGCCCUGUUUCUUGUAUGAAAUCUGGUUCUACUCUCGAACUGAAUCUGCCAUCGUCUUUUGGUGCAGAGGAGGCAGAGGUGGUUACGGUGGCGGCAGGGACAGACGCAGAGACCAGUACAACGACGGAGGCUCUGGGCCCGACAGGCACCACCAUGGCGGGCAACGAUCCCGGCCAUACUGA